AGGUCCUGAGGAGGCAGGAAAAGGGGACAGAGGGUGGUUGGGCCUCAAGGCUGGCUGGGAGGAGGUCUGUCACCUUGAUUAAGGGCUCGAGCAGCGUGUCCAUCGAAAGCGUCCAGAAGUCCGCUGAGCAAGUAGAAGGAGGAGGCCGUGAGGGGGCAGCAGGGCAUGAAGUAGAAAGAAACGAUGGCGAAGACAAUCCGGGCAUAACCUUGGGAUGGACGGGGUUAGACAGAGGGGGAUCAGGGACCCUGCCCAAGCCCCCUCGCCCUCCCGCUCGGCCGGGAGCCCCGGGCAGCACUCACCGAUGAGGGGGAUGGCAUCCACACCUACCAGGAAUGAGGAGAAGAAGGGCAGCAGGAUGUCCCAAGCUGCAACCCCCUUGGGUGGAGGUCUGAAGGUUUCAUUAUCCAGAUCUGAGGAAUUCCUGACCCGGAUCAGCACAGAACUCACCAAUGAGGCCUUGUUUAUUGCUGGCUGCCACAUGAACUCUGUGCCCACCAAGGAAAAACAGACCCAGGAUCGAGGGACUCAGAUAUCCAAACACGUGUUCUUCAAGACCCGAGGCACUGAUACCUGUUCUGACAGAAACCGUACCCGCACCAAGGCCCACCUCCUCCCAUCCCCUCGUGACAAGGUAUAUACUGAUUCCACGAAUGACAAGGCCAUUCAGUAUUAACCAAACAUUUAAAGUUCACAGGAUAUGCCAGUCCCGGUUUUAGGAGCUCGGGACCCAGAAAUGAAGGAUACAGUCUCUGCCCUGGAAGAGUUCACAGUUUAGCGUGGUGCCAGUCAAGUAGAUGGUCAAUUACAACAUGAUAUGGAUCAGUGCCUAUAAUAGAAUUGGAAACAACGAGAAGAGUGCUUAUCCCAGCCUUGGGCUAGGAAGGAAAGGAAUCAUGGAGCUUCCUGGUGGAGGUGACAUCUAAAGAAAGAAUCUUCCAGGAAAAAAAUGGGUUGGUCAGGGUAUUCCAAGUGGUAGGGCUCGUAUGAGCAAAGACAUGAGGUGAGUUUCAGCAGAGUGAAUGGGAGUGUGUCUGUGUUCUUAGGGUGGGAGAGAAAGUGGGAUCAGAGGGCAGUUUAGCUGCUGGAGUACAGAGGCGUGGUAGUCAGGGUCUACUCAGAGACCUCAUGCGGGCGUGCCUUAAGAUCAGGAGCCCCUGAAGAGAUUUGAGCAAGGGAGGUUGUAAUUUUAGAUAGUCAUUCCGGUGGUCAGUGGGGGGAGUGAGCUGGAAAGGGGAGAUGAGAGGUGGAGGCCAGUUAGCAGUUAUGCCAAGAGACUAAGCUGGUGAGGAUCGGGUCCUGAAUUGUCAUAGUAAUAGUAGAGAUGAGAGGAGGGGCAGAUAUGAGAAAUAAAGACCAGGAAAACUGAGUUUGGUCAUUGAGUAGAAAUGGUAGGGGAAAAAAAAAAAAAAAAAGGAAAUCAGAUGACCCGCCCCCACAUUUCUGACUUCUGUAACUUAAGUCUGAUGAUGUCAUGCUUCUGCUCUGAACUCCAUGAUAACGAUAGUUCCCCGUUUCAGAGGAAAAGCCAAAGUCCUUCAGUGGCUUACAGGGCCUCUCGCCUCCCCCCACCCCACUGUCUCUCUGACCUCAUUGCUUAGAACUGCUCACCUUGUCUCCCUCUGUUCUCAGCCAUGCCAGCCUCCUCAGUCUUCCUGGAGCAUGGCAGCCAUGCUCCCACCUUUGGGCAGGUUGAGUUUCAGGUGCCUCUGGGAAGACCAGGUGGAAAUACCAUGUAGAUAGUUGGAAAGCGGGCUUCAAAACUCACCAGGGAUGUCUGGGCUGGUGAUAGAAAUUGGAUUUAGGAGGGAGUCGGCAGUUGAAGGCUGUGUAGGGGUUAUGCAGAGUAAGCAGGAAGAGGGCGCUGAGGCUGGAGUCCGGAAGAAUCUCUCCAUGUGAGGAGUUGGUGGAGGAGAAGAGAGGGGGUCAUGAGGAAGGCAGAGAAGGAGCUGACCGCAGAUGUUUAUUGAGUGUCCAGUAUGUGCCGGGUCCACCAGGUCUUAUGGAUGGUCAGUUUUCUGGGGCUGCUACUUCCAGUGUUCAUGACCAAGACCAGUGGCACAAUUCUUAACCUCAGGGAGCUGGCCUUCUAGUGCCUUUGGGACAUUUGAACUUUCCCAGUUGGGCUUUGGUGUUAGAAGCAGCUUGAAGUAGCAGGAGAGCCCUGGGCCUUAACAGCUAAUCUGCUCUCAACCUGAUAGUUAGCCUUGUGCAAGUUGCUUCCUUUCUCCCCAUAUGUCAAAUGGGGACCUUGGACAAGAUGCUCUGUAAGGACCCUACCUGCCCGUACAGUGGUUUCCUGUUCCUUCCCAAAUGGCACUUGAUUGAGAAUUUCAUCCUGAGCCAAUACCCUCUCAUCCUCUGGGCAGCACCCCAUGGUCCCAAGAGACUUUCCCUUCCUCAUCCUCAAGAACAUGGAAGCCUACAGAUCUUUGAACUGCUCCUCGAAUUAUAGGUCAUUGUAGGUGGGCAAAAUAUUGAGUCGGGGAAUGGGUGAGCGGAUGAGCCAAUGCAGAAGGUAGGCCAAUGGAUGAAUGGAUAAAUGGAUGGACAAAUCCACUGAACGUUUAUUAGGCACUGUGUAUGUACCAGCACUGCUCUAGGGGCUGGAGGAUAGAAGUGAGCAAGGUAGACUCCCUUGCUUUUGAGAAGUUUAAAUGGGGGCUGAGUUAUUAGGUGGAAGAGGGCUGAGUGGGUGGACAGGUGAAUGCGGGAGAGAUGGACAGGCAGACGGAUGAAUAGAAUGUGUGCAUGGGUAGAAUGAUGAGUAGAUGUGUGGGUGGAUAAAU